UCAUCACAGCUCCUUGUCCAUCGUUGAAAGACCCGUUUCACGGAAAUGUCACCAUAACAACGAGCGGAGCGGUAACCAUGGCAACGUAUGCAUGUGACGGAAUUUAUACCAUAUCCGGUAGCAACAGAAGGGAAUGUCAGACAGACGGGACGUGGUCUGGAUCAGAACCGGCUUGUGCAUGUCCUGUACUUAGCAGUCCCACAGGAGGUAACGUGGAGCUUUCUGUAGACGGACUGACGGCCACUUACUCCUGCGAUGUCGGCUGGGUUCUUGUAGGCGUGACAUCAUUGACGUGCGUGACGUCAUCUAAUACGUGGAGCGGUACUGCACCCUUAUGUGUUGAGUGUCAGCCGCUGGCGUCUUUUACGAACGGUGACUACAACAUAACAAGCGACGGGCUAACGUCACAUGCGGAAUACUUUUGUGCUGACGGCUACUACAUGAACGGAGGCUCUUCGCUGACGUGUUUAACUUCGGGUGCUUGGGAUGGAUCGCCGCCAACCUGCUACUGUGUCGCACCCGAGGCCCCGGGCCAUGGCGCUGUGUCAGUCUCCGUAGACGGCAGUACGGCCGUAUACACGUGCAGCACCUGGUACAACCUGGAGGGAGCGUCCGCCCGGCAGUGCCAGGAUGGAGGAAUGGGGUGGUCCGAUUCAAAUCCUCAAUGUGUUCAAUGUUCCGGCAUCACAGCGCCAGAAAGUGGGGGUAUUUCAUUAUCCACUAACGGAACCGUGACGUCAGCAACGUUUUCGUGUGACGUCGGAUACACGAUUUCCGGCGAAGUGACGUCAACCUGUAUUGACGCCAACACGUGGAGCUCCAUUGUCCCCGAUUGCAUUCAAUGUGUUACCCCUCCGACUCUGACGUCUGGCCAAUACACUUUGACGUCUGACAACACACAGACGUCAGCGUCUGUAGAGUGUGACAUCGGUUCGACAUUGAGUGGAAGUGUAACACUCUCAUGUGACGUCACCGGUCAAUGGGAGAUUACAGGGGACUCCCCUUCAUGUGUAUCAUGCGUUGACCCACCAACAACUACAGGAGGAGCGUAUACGUUAAAAUCCAACGGCACGACGACUUACGGCGAAUUGACGUGUGAGAUCGGUUACACGUUAGACGGUGACGUCAAUUCGGUUCUACAAUGCUCGAGUAACGGAACGUGGUCUUCAACAUUUACGUCAACUUCAUCUCAGUGCGUUUUAGAAAGUUCAUCUCAAGCGUCAAGCGGCGGUGACGACCUUUUGACUGCGGUUAUCGCGUUGUCCAUUCUGUCGGCAUUGCUGGCUGUCGGUUUGGUCACCUUAGCUGUGUACGCUUUCGUCAUCAAGGGCAUAGCCGGUUCCUGCAAAGUGGACAACGUUCGAGCUCCGGCCAAAGCCUCAGCCUUCCCCAUCUCCAGGGCUCCAGUAGAUCACUCUCAGCACGUAAUGGACUCCCGGAUACUUCCGACGCCCUUACACCCAGAAUACACAAUGACACCCAGAAACGGCUUUGUGACACCGCGGGAACCGUCCAUGCGGUCUGCUCUCUCCACCGGAAGUUUAGAGUUUGACCUGGUCCGGGAGACGACUGCCAGCUCCAUAUACCAACAUCCGGCCCCUUGGACCACUAAGACAAACGGUCAGAUGUACAAAAUCUCCGACAACGCCAACAGUGCCAAAAUAAAUGGACAGGCCAUUUCCUCCGACAAUAUGUAUCACAAACCUGGAAGCGAUGAUACUGGUUCACCACGACCUAACGGAAAAAAGAAACGUAAGAAACAAUCGAUGGCAAAGCGACUUCAACUGGACAACUCAGACAAUUCCUUCAACAGCGAUCAAGAUAUUUCAAAUACUCAUCGCUCAUUGACAAGCGUACCGUCUCCAAUACCGGAGUCCGCGGACGAAAACAAGACGGUCGAAGAGCAACGGAAUAUAUGUCAUAUAGCUGAGAGCAGUAAAGGAAAGACACGGACAGGGCUAUCUAUUCCAAUGCACAAACAUUCAAAGGCGUCGGUGUCAAGUCAUGUUAUAGCCAUGGAAACUGAAGAUCUCCAUCACACGCCACGCUCUGGUCUCAUUCCAUCCGUUCAGUAACUGGCGUUGUAAUAUAUUAAAGUGUCACUCUUAUUCAAAAUCAAUACAUGUAUAACAAACAUAAAUUUUGAGUGAUUAACCUUCAACAACUUACUUAAUAAUUUAUGGAAAGUCUUAAUUACUGUUAACAAGUUUAUUACCGUGUAUUUAAUAGCAGAAAACGCAAAAAUAUUAAAUGAUCGGUGAAUGCUGAAAGAUUUACUGUGAUCUACUAUCGUCUCAUAUUAAACGCAAUAUCCUUCACAAGAACCAUUGUUUUUAGACAUUAAUUAAUCCUUUUUGGUAAAUUAAAACAAUUGUUUUAAAUAUGGUAAAUCUUAUUUGGGAGUAAUAGUGCAUCUUUAAAUCACGCGGCAUAUAAAAUGGGAGACAUGAGGGUUAUUUGGUCAAAUUAUCUAACUGUACAUCGCUGUCUAUAUAUGCUAUAUAAAAUCAUAUUUAUAAAUAAGGUAUAAGCUCUACUUAAAUAGUCAUCUUAAUAAAAUGAAACAAGACGAAAUGCUUUCACCAGACGGGUUAUUGUGUCAAUACCGGUAUGUACAAGAUACAAAUAGUAAUGUAUAUGUAUUUUUUGUACAUAAAUGUAUAUGAACUCUCAUAAAAUAAUACUCUUUUUUUUACAAAAAUCAAUGAGAAUGGAAACAAAAAAAAACAUUCAGCUGUGACUCGAAUCGCCCAAGACAAAACAGAGAUAAAAAUGGCUUUAUGAAAAAGACAUGCAGGAAACGUGUGCCCGUUUCCGCCGGUAAAAGCUUUCAAGUCACCAUGUCCAGUGUGUGUAUACCACCUGAUAAAUUGCGUCAUAAAUGUUACGUCGGAAGAAAAUAUUUUUCUCUGAAUGAAACC